AUGCUAUGUAGCAAGGACAACUUGCUCGCUGCGGUUCGCACGAGCAGUGCGUUGGAACUGGUGCUGUCGUUUGUCCUGCUUGUCAUUGGGGUAUCGCUUGUGACCUCAACGCAUUUCCGAAUGGCACUCGGGCCAUCUGUCGGUAGCGCUGGAGGCGGGUGCCUCUUUCUAGCGAUUUUGUACGUAGUGCCAGCGUGGUUUGCGCACUACGCGGCCAAGUACCACAAUAAAUUCAUGCUGCUUGUCCACACUGUCUUGCUAGGGGGCAUCGUGGCACUCCAGCUCAUCAUUGGCGGCGCCACGUACGCCUCGGCCCUUCCGUCGUUCUCGUACGACUUUGUCGGGACGUGUCUGGUCAACGCGUACCUGCGCAACGAAACACUUCGAGCCGCCUGUCAAGAGUACUUUGAGAGCGACGAGUACGCUGGGCUCAUGUUGGCCUGGCAGACAUAUUUCAACGAGACACUCGAAACGCAGACGGCAUCCAAUAUGGUCACCGUGCUGCAAGACAACAGUGUGUGCUGUGGCCUAGGCCCGCCCGAGCACUGUCGGCCAGACUACCGGCCAUUCCCCACCACGUUUCCAUCGACGGACGCGGCGGUCCGCCAGGCAUGUUCGACGAAGAGUGGGUACUAUCCAGCGUCGCCGUCGUGCUACAAGGGGGGCAGUUGCGCGUACGACUACCCCAUGGGAAGCUGCGGACUCGUCGGUGUCGCGGGGAAUUCCAUGGGUUGUGCCAAGGCAUUUCACCAGCACUUUUCCUACUCGAUGCGCAGUGUGUCACUUGGACUGAUGGGGAUGACGAGUUUACCACUGCUCAUGGUCCUGCUCAGCUUGUGCUUGCUUUUCAAGCGCAAAGACGAGGACGUGCUGCCAUCCAUGACAACAUCCGGGAUGUUUCAUUCCCGCGCCAGGGUUUAUGUGGCGGGCGAUGUCCGCCGCAUCGAGCGGAUCGACUUUUAG